AUGGACGCGGUCCGUCCACUCCAGCCAGCCGAUCGCGAGUGGCCCCCCAACCCGACAAAACCUCCUCGCCUUUCACUCGCUACAUCGAUUUGCCAGCCACGCUACAUAAACCGUACAAAACCAUAUCCUCCCCCAUCGCCUCGCCUCGCCGAUCGAUCGACGGACGACGGCCGGAACAUAGCUGUAGAUCGAGCUGAAUCGCCGGCGGCGGCCAUGGGACGGGUGAAGCUGCAGAUCAAGAGGAUCGAGAACAUCCCGAACAGGCAGGUGACGUUCUCCAAGCGGCGAAACGGGCUGAUCAAGAAGGCCUACGAGCUGUCCGUCCUCUGCGACAUCGACAUCGCCCUCCUCAUGUUCUCCCCCUCCGGCCGCCUCAGCCACUUCUCCGGCCGCCGCAGGAUCGAGGACGUGCUCACAAGGUACAUCAAUCUCCCAGAAAGUGACAGAGGAGGAACUAUCCAAAACAGAGAGUAUUUGAUCAACAUGCUCACCCAGCUCAAAUGCGAGAGCGACGUCACCGAGGAUCUCACUAACACGAGCAGUAAGGCGCCGGUUAACUCCAACAUUGAGGAGCUUCAGCAAGAGAUCAGGAGAUGCCAGCACCAGAUGCAGCUCACAGAGGAGCAAUUGAGGAUGUUUGAGCCGGACCCGGCCAGGUCUGCAUCCAUGGAGGACGUCGAGGCCAGCGAGAAGUUCAUCGCCGGCAUCCUCAGCCGCGUCGAGGAGAGGAAGAGGUAUUUGCUGUGCAGCAUGGGCUCGUUCGACGUGACGGCGUCAACAUCUGCCAUGCAGCAUCUGUAUCUACCGCAGCAGCAUCAGCACGGGGACAUCACUGAUAAUGGGUUUGGAAGCGAUGAGGUGGCCUCGUGGGUCUCUGAGGGGAUGCCGCCGACAACCUCGUCGGUGGCGUCGAUAUUCGCCGGAACUUCAGAUUCCAUGAUGUCUUUUAGAGAUCAAGCGGUGUACGACACGAUGAGACAAGAUGCAUGUGUGGAUCAGACAGUGGUCCCGGAGAUGGGGAUGUGCCAUGUGGACCAGCAGAACCAGAGUGACGACUGGCAGGCGUACACGUCGGCGGAGUUCCUCAACGCGCUAAUCCCGCCCACGCCGUUCCCUCUCGACGACGAGGAUACGAUGGGCCCGAUGUUGGCGUCAUCACCGCUAUUGAUGCCCGGCAUCCAUGACCAGCAGCCGCCGGUGGAGGAUAUGGCGACGGCGGGCUGCUCGCAAGCGCCGGCUAACGAUGGCAACGGGUUAUACGCAGCUGAGGACAUUGCUCCGGUUAACGUUGGUUAAUUAGAUGCUUUUGUACUAGAAAUUUAUGGAAUAUAUAGUGUUGUCAUGUUACUAGUGUGCCAGGAAUUGAAGCUAAGGAUUUUUAGUUUGGAAUUUUUUUUCUUUGAUCAUGAUGGGCUGGGUGUGCCACAAUUAAUGUUAUAUGAUCCAUAUAAUACACCAUGCACAAUGUAAGAUAAUGUUACGUACUAGCAUGUAAUAAGAUAUUAUCCAGUAAGAUCGAGUUAUUUAUCAUCUA